CCGCCCGUCCGGCGGGCUCCGGCGGCCGCAUCGAGUUGGAGAGCAGGGGCCCGGUGCCGAGCAUCUGUGAGCCUCGGGGGGUCCACCACCCACCCCAAAGACCCCCACCAUGUUUAACCUGAUGAAGAAAGACAAGGACAAAGACAGGAGCCGGAAGGAGAGGAAGGAGAGGAAGGAGAAGAAGGAGCGGAUGUCCGCGGCCGAGCUGCGGAGCCUGGAGGAGAUGAGUCUCAGGCGGGGCUUCUUCAACCUGAACCGGUCCUCCAAGAGGGAGUCGAAGACCAGGCUGGAGAUCUCCAACCCUAUCCCCAUCAAGGUGGCCAGCGGCUCGGACCUGCACUUGACCGAUAUCGAUUCCGACAGCAACCGGGGCAGCGUCGUCCUCGACUCGGGCCACCUCAGCACGGCCAGCUCCAGCGACGACCUCAAGGGCGAGGAGGGCGGCCGGCCCUCUGUGCUGCAGCGCGCCGCCAAGUUUGGCUCCUUGGCCAAGCAGAACUCACAGAUGAUCGUCAAGCGCUUUUCCUUCUCCCAGCGGAGCCGCGAUGGGAGCGCCUCAGAGACCUCCACCCCCUCGGAACACUCGGCUGCCCCCUCCCCUCAAGUGGAGGUUCGCACCCUCGAGGGCCAGCUGGCACGACAGGCCGGCCCCGGCGCCUCGUGGCCGGGCUCCAGGACCCGGGGCCCCGAGCUGGUGAGCAGACGGUUUGCUGCUGACCUGAGGCUGCCCGCCGUGGCGUCCCCACUACCUCCCCCUCCUCGGGAGCUGGAGCUUCAGAGGCGCCCCACUGGGGAUUUCGGCUUCUCCCUUCGGCGAACAACCGUGCUGGACCGGGCGCCCGACGGGCAGGCCUGCCGGCGGGUGGUGCACUUUGCCGAACCCGGGGCGGGCACCAAGGACCUGGCCCUGGGGCUGGUGCCUGGCGACCGCCUGGUGGAGAUCAACGGGCAGAAUGUGGAGAACAAGUCACGGGACGAGAUUGUGGAGAUGAUCCGGCAGUCCGGAGACCACGUGCGGCUCAAGGUGCAGCCCAUCCCGGAGCUGAGCGAGCUGAGCCGCAGCUGGCUGAGGGGCAGCCUCGGACAGCAGAGGGAGCCCACUGACGCCAAGACUGAAGAGCAGAUUGCUGCUGAGGAAGCCUGGCACGAGACAGAGAAGGUUUGGCUGGUCCAUCAAGAUGGCUUCUCUCUCGCCAGUCAACUGAAGUCAGAGGAGUUAAGUCUACCCGAGGGGAAGGUCCGAGUGAAACUGGAUCAUGAUGGGACCAUACUGGACGUGGAUGAGGACGACGUGGAGAAGGCCAACGCCCCAUCCUGUGAUCGACUGGAAGACCUGGCCUCCCUGGUAUACCUCAACGAGUCAAGCGUCUUGCACACCCUCCGCCAGCGCUAUGGGGCCAGCCUGCUGCACACAUACGCUGGCCCCAGUUUGCUCAUCCUCAGCCCCCGAGGGGCCCCUGCGAUGUACUCUGAGAAGGUGAUGCACAUGUUCAAAGGGUGCCGGCGGGAGGAAAUGGCGCCCCACAUCUACACCGUGGCACAGACUGCAUACCGCGCCAUGCUGAUGAACCGCCAGGACCAGUCUAUCAUCUUACUGGGCAGCAGCGGCAGCGGCAAGACCGCUAGCUGCCAGCACCUGGUGCAAUACCUGGCCACCAUUGCGGGCACCAGUGGGAACAAGGUGUUCUCUGUGGAGAAGUGGCAGGCUCUGUACACCGUCUUGGAAGCCUUUGGGAACAGCCCCACCAUCAUGAACGGCAAUGCUACCCGCUUCUCUCAGAUCCUUUCGCUGGAUUUUGACCAAGCUGGCCAGGUGGCCUCAGCCUCUGUUCAGACUAUGCUGCUUGAGAAGCUCCGAGUCGCCCGGCGCCCAGCCAAUGAAGCCACCUUCAAUGUCUUCUACUACUUAUUGGCCUGUGGAGAUAGCACCCUUAGGACAGAGUUACACUUCAACCACCUGGCUGAAAACAAUGUGUUUGGGAUUGUGCCCUUGUCCAAGCCCGAGGAGAAGCAGAAGGCCGCCCAGCAGUUCAGUAAGCUGCAGGCCGCCAUGAAGGUUCUGGGCAUCUCCCCCGAUGAGCAGAAGGCCUGUUGGUUCAUCCUGGCUGCCAUCUACCACCUGGGAGCUGCCGGUGCCACCAAAGCGCCCCUUGAGGAACAAUCUGAAGCUGCUGAAGCUGGACGCAAGCAGUUUGCCCGCCAUGAGUGGGCGCAGAAGGCGGCCUAUCUGCUGGGCUGUAGCCUGGAAGAACUCUCGUCUGCCAUCUUCAAGCACCAGCCCAAGGGCUCCCUCCAGCGCUCCACCUCCUUCCGCCAGGGCCCUGAGGAGAACAGCUCAGGAGAUGCUACAGGCUCCAAGCUGAGUGCGCUCGAGUGCGUGGAAGGCAUGGCCUCGGGUCUCUACUCUGAGCUCUUCACUCUCCUUGUCUCCUUGGUGAACAGGGCCCUCAAGUCCAGCCAGCAUUCCCUCUGCUCCAUGAUGAUCGUGGACACUCCUGGCUUCCAAAAUCCGGACCUGGGGGGCUCGACCCGAGGGGCCUCCUUUGAAGAACUGUGCCACAAUUACACCCAGGACCGGCUCCAGACCCUCUUCCACGAAAGGACCUUUGUGCAGGAGCUGGACAGAUACAAGGAGGAGAACGUCGAGUUGGCAUUCGAUGACAUGGAGCCUGGGGCAGUCGACUCUGUAGCCGUCGUGGACCAAGCAUCCCACCAAGCCCUGGUGCGAUCCCUGGCCCGGCCAGAGGAGGCUCGGGGCCUUCUGUGGCUGUUGGAAGAGGAGGCGGUGGUACCAGGUAGCACUGACGAGGCCCUGCUAGAGAGGCUUUUCUCUUACUACGGCCCCCAGGAUGGCGACAAGAAAGGACAGAGCCCCCUCCUUCGAAGCAGCAAGCCUCACCACUUCCUCCUGGGCCACAGCCACAACACCAACUGGGUGGAGUACAACGUGGAGGGCUGGCGGAGCUAUGCCAAGCAGAACCCAGCCAUGCAGAAUGCCCCACGGCUGCUGCAGGACUCUCAGAAGAAGGUCAUCAGUAACCUGUUUGUGGGCCGGGCCGGCAGCGCCAUGGUGCUGUCGGGCUCCAUCGCGGGCCUGGAAGGGGGUUCGCAGCUGGCGCUUCGCAGGGCCACCAGCAUGCGAAAGACGUUCACCAGCGGCGUGGCCGCCGUCAAGAAGAAGUCUCUCUGUAUCCAGAUCAAGCUGCAGGUGGAUGCCCUCAUUGACACUAUCAGGAAGUCAAAAUUGCACUUCGUUCACUGCUUCUUGCCAGUGGCUGAGGGCUGGGCAGGUGAGCACCGCUCGGCCUCUUCCCGUCGGGUAAGCAGCAGCAGCGAGCUGGACCUGCCUCCUGGGGAGCCCUGUGAGGCUGGCCUCCUGCCGCUGGAUAUCCCCCUGCUGCGGGCCCAGAUCCGCGGCUCUCGUCUCCUGGAUGCCCUUCGCAUGUAUCGCCAAGGGUAUCCUGACCACAUGGUGUUCUCGGAGUUCCGGCGACGUUUUGACAUCUUGGCACCCCACCUCACCAAGAAGCAUGGGCGCAACUACAUUGUUGUGGAUGAGAAAAGAGCAGUGGAGGAAUUGUUGGAGUCCUUGGACCUGGAGAAAAGCAGCUGCUACAUGGGCCUGAGUCGGGUAUUUUUCCGGGCAGGCACCUUGGCCCGACUGGAAGAACAGAGGGAUGAACAGACCAGCAGGAACUUGACCCUCUUCCAGGCAGCGUGCCGCGGUUACUUGGCCCGCCAACACUUCCAGAAGAGAAAGAUCCAAGACCUGGCCAUUCGCUGUGUCCAGAAGAACAUUAAAAAGAACCAGGGGGUGAAGGACUGGCCGUGGUGGAGGCUUUUCACGGCCGUGCGGCCGCUCGUCGAGGUGCAGCUGUCCGAGGAGCAGAUCCGCGGCAAGGACGAGGAAAUUCAGCAGCUCCGGAGCAAGCUCGAGAAGGUGGAAAAGGAACGGAAUGAGCUUCGGCUCAAUGGCGACCGGCUAGAGACCCGAAUCUCAGAGCUGACAUCAGAGUUGGCGGAUGAGCGAAAUACCGGCGAGUCAACUUCCCAGCUCCUGGAUGCCGAGGCAGCUGAGAGGCUCCGGGCGGAGAAGGAGAUGAAGGAGCUGCAGACUCAGUAUGAUGCCCUGAAGAAGCAAAUGGAGGCCAUGGAGAUUGAGGUGAUGGAAGCCAGGCUUAUCCGAGCUACUGAACUCAAUGGGGAGGUGGACGAUGAUGACUCGGGUGGGGAGUGGCGCCUCAAGUACGAGCGGGCAGUUCGAGAGGUAGACUUCACCAAGAAGCGUCUGCAGCAGGAGCUCGAGGACAAGCUGGAAGUGGAACAGCAGAGUAAGAGGCAGCUGGAGAGGAAGCUGGUAGACCUGCAGGCAGACAGUGAUGAGAGCCAGCGCACCCACCAGCAGCUGAAGAAGAAGUGUCAGCGGCUCACGGCGGAGCUGCAGGACACCCGGCUGCACCUGGAGGGUCAGCAGGUCCGCAACCAUGAGCUGGAGAAGAAGCAGAGGAGGUUCGACAGUGAGCUCUCCCAGGCUCACGAAGAGACCCAGCGAGAGAAGCUACAACGGGAGAAACUGAACCGGGAGAAAGACGCCCUCCUGGCUGAAGUCUUCAGCCUGAAACAGCAGAUGGAAGAGAAAGACAUGGACAUUGCUGGCUUCACCCAGAAGGUGGUCUCCCUGGAGGCGGAGCUCCAGGACAUCUCUUCUCAGGAGUCCAAGGACGAAGCCUCUCUGGCCAAGAUCAAGAAGCAGCUCCGGGACCUGGAAGCCAAGACCAAAGAUCAGGAAGAGGAGCUCGAUGAACAGGCGGGCACCAUCCAGAUGCUGGAGCAGGCCAAGCUUCGCCUGGAGAUGGAGAUGGAGCGCACGAGGCAGACCCACUCCAAGGAGAUCGAGGGCCGCGACGAGGAAGUGGAGGAGGUCCGCCAGUCAUGCCAGAAGAAGCUGAAGCAAAUGGAAGCCCAGCUGGAGGAAGAGUAUGAGGACAAGCAGAAGGUUCUGCGGGAGAAGAGGGAAUUGGAGAGCAAGCUCACAGCCCUGAGUGACCAGGUGAGUCAGCGGGACGUGGAGUCUGAGAAGCGUCUGCGGAAGGACUUGAAACGGACCAAGGCCCUGCUGGCCGAUGCCCAGAUCAUGCUGGACCACCUGAAGAACAGUGCGCCCAGCAAGAGGGAGAUUGCCCAGCUCAAGAAUCAGCUGGAAGAGUCAGAGUUCACCUGUGCGGCAGCUGUGAAGGCAAGGAAAGCCAUGGAGGUGGAGAUUGAAGACCUCCAUCUCCAGAUUGAUGACAUCUCCAAAGCCAAGACGGGGCUAGAGGAGCAGGUGAGCCGCCUUCAGCGUGAGAAGAAUGAGAUCCAGAGCCGGCUGGAGGAGGACCAAGAGGACAUGAACGAGCUCAUGAAGAAGCAUAAGGCCGCUGUGGCCCAGGCUUCCCGGGACCUUGCCCAAAUGAAUGACCUCCAGAUUCAGCUGGACGAGGCCAACAAGGAGAAGCAGGAGUUUCAGGAGAAGAUGCAAGCCCUCCAGAGCCAAGUGGAGUACCUGGAGCAGUCCAUGGUGGACAAGUCGCUGGUGAGCCGACAGGAGGCCAAGAUCCGGGAGCUGGAGACUCGUCUGGAGUUUGAGAAGACCCAAGUGAAGCGGCUGGAGAACCUGGCCGGCCGGCUGAAGGAAAACAUGGAGAAGCUGACGGAGGAGCGCGAUCAACGCAGUGCCGCGGAGGGCCGGGAGAGAGAGCAAAACAAGCGUCUCCAGCGGCAGCUUCGUGACACCAAGGAGGAGAUGGGAGAGCUGGCCAAAAAGGAGGCCGAGGCCAGCCGCAAGAAGCACGAGCUGGAGAUGGACCUGGAGAGCCUGGAAGCAGCCAACCAGAGCCUGCAGGCAGACCUGAAGCUGGCCUUCAAGCGCAUUGGGGACCUGCAGGCCGCCAUCGAGGACGAGAUGGAAAGCGAUGACAAUGAGGAGCUCAUUAACAGUUUGCAGGACAUGGUGACAAAGUAUCAGAAAAGAAAGACUAAGCUUGAGGGCGACUCCGAUGUGGACUCUGAGCUGGAAGAUCGGGUGGAUGGCGUCAAGUCUUGGUUGUCAAAAAACAAGGGGCCUUCCAAGGCUGCUUCAGAUGACGGGAGCCUCAAGAGCUCCAGCCCGUCCAGCUACCAGAAGUCCUUUGCCCUUGACCGAUCAGAUGACGAGCAUGACCCCCUGGACCACGCCACCCGAUCCCGAUACUCUCACAGCUACCUGAGCGACAGUGACACAGAGGCCAAGCUGGGGGACUCCAGUGCAUAGCCCAUGGCCUUUGGUCUGACACCCCUCUCCCGAAGGAUGAUGGGCCACACGUCUUCCCGCCCUCCAUACCCAUACCAUCGAUCUGCAUGGGAAAGACCCCACUCCAGUCCUUUCCAGGGGGGACCCUCCGGGAUGUGGGUGGCUCCUUACCCCUGCCAUGGUGAGAGGGCAAGAGGAGAAGAAUGUCCAGAGAGAAAACUUAGAAUCCUUGCCUGCCUCCUUCGGAAUGAAAGCAACAUCGUGGCUCAGACAUUCCCCUGGGGCCAAGCGAAUCGGAAGCCCCCUGUCAGCCCUCUGGUAUGGGGAGCUAUGUUGGGGCGGACUUCUCCACUGGGGCGUUCUUUGUUGCUUUGUCCCCUGGAGGGAGCAACCCCAGAUCCUUCCCUCUAGGUGGGGAGGGCUUUCUCUUCUCAGUGCCUGCUGUCUUUUUUAUUUUAUAAUUUAAAUACCAGACCUUUCCCCUAUCAAGGCCGAGUCCCCAGAAAGAAAGGCUGCAGUGAGGGAGGGAUGGAGAAUCAGCCUUCCAUCUUUGCUCUUCAGUUGAGCCAAAGAGGAAAGUUCUUAUUUGUUCAACUGAAGAGGAGGGAGCCAUGUCUGGCUUUGGGAGCCAGGUUCUGAGAGAGUAAAUGGGAUGGGACUCAGAGGGUCCCGUGGGCAGACGAAACAUGCUUAGAUAGAUAGAUGGGGAUACACACAGAGAAAAAUCCUACAGCCGUGAAUACACGGUAUGGUAAGUGCAGUGACUGCAUCACAGGGAAACCCAUCCCAUGGACGUGGGCUUGAGGCUUAGUCAAACCACCAUCUCCCCUCCUUGUUCCUCUGUCCCAGUAGAACGGCAUAAGAACACACCUUCUGCAAAAGGAAGGACUUGCCUUGGGUGCUUGGGAUCAGAAACACUGAAGACUGGGUUUAUCUUAGGUGCUGUGGGAUGGGUAGGCACUUUGACCCAGUCUCCUGCACUCCCACAUCAAGCCCUGAUCCUACAUUCUGAGCCUUUGUGUGUGUCUCCUCUCCCUCUCCCUCCCCUUUUCCCCUCCUUCCCCUCUCCCUCCCUCCCUCCCUCUGUCUCUCCCUCUCUCUCCCUCUCCUUCUUCCCCUCCUUUGCCCAAAAGAACAUCCCCUCUUCCUUCACUAUGCUAACCACAUACCUUCUCUAGGGCUGAGCCCCCAUCGGUUAGCCUUUCGAUAAAAAGGUCGGCCACAAGGGCCAAAGAGCAAUGCCUGGUGGUACAGCCUGGUCCACUUCUGCUGGUCCCUUUCUCUUCUCUCUCGGUUUGCACUUGGACUGUGCGUCUCUUUCCCCUGGUUACUUUCAGUAUGGAAAUAAAUCUUUUCCUCCUGACCCUGUCAAA